AUGCACGUCAAGGUGCGCGUGCUCGCGAUCCCGCAGGCGGGCAUGGGCGCCUGGGCCUUCCACGGCUGGCAGGAGAAGCUCCCCAAGUCCGUGGAGAUGCUCCCCGUGGAGCUCCCGGGCCGCAACUCGCGCAUGCUCGAGGACAAGGGCCAGUCCAUGGCCGAGCUCGUCGGCGACCUCGUGACGGCCGUGAUGCCGGCGCUCGAGUCGAAGCCGUUCGUCGUCCUCGGCCACAGCCUCGGCGCGUGGAUGGCCUUCGAGGUCUGCAACGAGAUCGAGCGGCGCCGCGGGCCCAAGCCCCUGUGCCUCAUCGUCUCCGGCUGCCGCGCGCCCCAGCUCCACGAGCCCCUGGAGCACGACGCGGACCGCGUCAUGCCGUGCCUCCACGACCUGCCCAAGGGCAGCGGCCCGGGCUCGUUCUGGGAGCACUUCGACCGCCGCUACGGCAAGAACCCGGACCUCGCCUCCGACGGCGUCAAGGACUACGUCGAGCCGCUGCUGCGGAGCGACUUCAAGAUCCUGGAGACGUACGCGCCGACGCGCGGCGCGGCCGAGAAGUUCCCCUUCCCCGUGCUGGGCUGCGGCGCGCGCGGCGACAACCGCUUCACGCCGGAGCAGCUGACGGCCUGGAGCGUCUACACGGACACCUUCGCCGAGCGGUGGUUCGACACGGCGGCGACGAUGCCCAAGUGGUCGACGCCGCACCGCUACCUCGUCGACAGCCCGGACGCGUUCGUCGCGUUCCUCGGGCCCAAGUGCGAGGACCUCUUCAAGAACAAGCCCAAGCCGCCGCCCAUCCGCCCGGGCGCCUACGCCGUCGCGAACAAGAAGGGGGCGCUCGUGCGCGCGGAGUGCGACCUCGCGAGCGCGCAGGUCGGCGACCUCCUGCCCGUGGGCACGCGCGUCACCGUCGAGGAGGCGGUCCACGUCCCCAACGCCAAGCCCCGGGCCCGCAUCUCCGCGCCCGUCGCCGGCUGGCUCUCCUGCCACGUCAUCGCCCAGCUCCUCGGCUAA